CCAUCACCAGAUCAGGCUGUCACAGUGGCAGAGACACAAAGCCCUGUGCCCAAUGGGAACCAGAAGCUGACUCUGGAACACAAAGACGAGAGAGAGAGGGGGAAAGAGACUUCAGUUGCCUUUUCAUCUGCAGAGGGAAGAGGUUGAUGCACUAUAGAUAGCGGGAGCGAGGGGGAGCGAGAGGGGGAGCGAAGCAAUUGCAGUCAGGCUCAGUUGCUGCUGUUACAAGCUGGAGGCUCAGUGAGUAUUACCAUAGGAAGCUGGUGGAGCAACAUCACAGUCCAACACACACACACUCUCUGGACAGACGGACCGCAGAACCAGAGACGCACAGGCAACACACACACGCCGAGUGAGGACCAGGCUUGUGAACGUGGAUGGACCACCGGUCAAGAUCUGGGUGUCUGGUGCAGUGAUCCAGCCCCAGCGGUGCAAAGGUAGAGAGGGGGCAUGGCAGCCGUUCCAGGCCUGGGGUGGCCUGGCCUGCUACUGUUGCUGCUGACUACUGUGGCCUCCACUCAGAGCCAAGGCUGUCCCCAGCGCUGUGAGUGCAUGGCCAAGCUCAAGUCUGUGGCAUGCCAGGGCAAGCGCCUGUCUGCCUUCCCAGACGGCAUCUCCUCGGACACACGUCUGCUGGACCUGAGUGGGAACAGGCUUCGCUGGGUGGAGCAUGGCGACCUCCUCUCCUUCCCUCGGCUGGAGGAGCUGGACCUGAGUGAGAACAUCAUCACCGUCCUGGAGCCCAACGCUUUCUCCAGCCUGCAGAGCCUGAGGGUGCUGUCGCUGAGGGGGAAUCAGCUCAAACUGGUCCCCAUGGGCGCCUUCUCACGCCUCACCAACCUCACCACACUGGACCUGAGCGGGAACAAGAUUGUCAUCCUGUUGGACUUCACCUUCCAGGACCUGAAAAGCCUGAGGAACCUGGAGGUUGGUGACAACGACCUGGUCUACAUCUCCAACAAGGCCUUCCUGGGCCUGGUGGGUCUGAGGGAGCUCACCAUUGAGAGGUGCAACCUGACCUCCAUCUCCAGCCAGUCUCUGUCCUACCUCCGCAGCCUGGUCACUCUGCGCCUGCGCUACCUCAGCAUCUCCUCCCUGGAGGACCGGAACUUCCGUAAACUGGGGGGGCUGCGGGGGCUGGAGAUCGACCACUGGCCUUUCCUGGAGCACAUCUCCCCCCACAGCCUCCAGGGCCUUAACCUGUCCUGGCUGUCGAUCACAAACACCAACAUCACCUCCGUGCCCACGGCUGCCCUGCGCAGCCUGCCCCACCUCAUCAGCCUCAAUCUCUCAUACAACCCCAUCUCCGUGCUGGAGUCCUGGGCCCUGAGGGACUUGGUCCGUCUGAAGGAGCUGCACCUGGUCAACACCAACCUGAUGACGGUGCAGCCGUACGCCCUCGGCGGCCUUCGGCAGAUCCGCCUGCUCAACCUGUCCACUAACGCCCUGGUAACCCUGGAGGAGGGCGCCUUCCAGUCCGUCAAUACCCUGGAGACGCUGCGUGUGGAUGGGAACCCUCUGUCCUGCGACUGCCGCCUGCUCUGGAUCCUCCAGCGCAGGAAGACCCUCAACUUUGAAGGGAAGUCCCCAGUGUGUGCGGGCCCCAUGGAGGUGCAGGGAAGGGCCCUCAGCGCAUUCUCAGACUCUGCCCUCUUCGACCACUUUACCUGCCAGAAGCCCAAGAUACGCAACAGGAAGCUGCAGCCAGUGACUGCCAGGGAGGGCCAGGUAGUGUCUUUUGUGUGCCGGGCGGAGGGUGAGCCCACACCUAUCAUCUUCUGGGUAUCUCCCCAGCGCCGCCGGAUCACUACCAAGAGUACUGGACGUGUCACCGUCCUACCCGAGGGAACGCUGGAGAUCCGCUACGCCCAGCUGACCGACACCGGCACCUACAUCUGCAUUGCCAGCAACGCCGGGGGCAAUGCCACCUACUUUGCCACGCUGACCGUGAGCGCACUGCCUCUGGACGCUGCACUCAUGGCCAACCGCACAUACUACACAGGUGACCUCAACGAGACCAAUCUGAACGACACCAAGGUCUUCCUCAAGUUCACCUUGGACCUCAAGACAAUCCUGAUAUCCACAGCCAUGGGGUGUUGCUUGUUCCUUGGCGUGGUGGUUUUCUGUUUCCUGAUGCUGUUCGCAUGGAGCCAGGGCCGGGGACAGCACAAGAAUAACUUCUCAGUUGAGUACUCUUUCAGAAAGGUGGACGGCCCUGCAGCCAGCGGCGGACAAGGAGGGGCCCGCAAGUUCAACAUGAAGAUGAUUUGAGUCAGAAAACGGGUCACUCUGUUUACUAGUAGACUCAGAUGGGGACACAAUAAUAACUUUGGGCUUUAUGAUUCGGAUCCCUAUUGGUUCAGAAAUAAACACAUUAGGUGAUCUAAGACAAUGUACUAAAACUUGGUUUUGUAUUUGUAAAUGUCUGUAUCAACAAAAAGUAAAUAGGUAAAUGGA